AUCCAACACCCCUCGAAGCAAAACUAUGAUCGCUCGUACUGCUCUUAAGCGCUCUAUGGGCGUGUUCUCCCGCCCGGCGGCUAAUGUGACCGCUCCUGCGUUCACACGGGCGCGUAUGUACCACGAUAACGUGAUUGAUCACUACGAAAACCCGCGCAACGUUGGCGCGAUGGACAAGAGCGCCAAAGAUGUCGGCACGGGUCUUGUGGGCGCCCCUGCGUGUGGCGAUGUGAUGAAGCUGCAGAUCCAAGUGGAUGAGAACGGUACGAUUGUGGACUCUAAGUUUAAGACGUUUGGCUGCGGCUCGGCGAUCGCGUCCUCGUCGGUGGCCACCGAGUGGCUCAAGGGAAAGAGCGUUGAGGAGUGUCUCCAGAUCAAGAACACAGACAUCGCGUCGCACCUGAAGUUGCCACCUGUCAAGCUGCACUGCAGCAUGUUGGCAGAGGACGCCAUCAAGGCUGCCAUCUCGGACUACAAGCGCAAGCAGAGCGCUUCCGGAUAAGAUGACACAGUAUAGCAACAGUCUUGUCGUCGCCGUGCUCCACCCAAAUGGUCGUUGAGGCUCAAGAUUUCAAGGAUGGUCAGUAGUCGGCGCUCGGUGUGGGCGUAGCUUGGCUAACACCGGAGAAGGCAGGUCAAAGAAAAGCAGACAGUAUUGAAGGAGAGCGAAGAAGCUGUGAAAUAAUCAGUUGCUAAUUUAUUGAUCUACACUUCAUGUA